GCGGGCUGACAUGGAGGGGCUGCACGUCACACGACGACAGGAAAAAGGCCUCUGGACUCAAUCAGAGCAACCCUUUAGCAGCAUUUGCUUAUCAGUGCCCGCUUCGCAGUAUGUCAGCCUUGUUCCAAACUUGGCGGCACUGUAUGUAACAGUACAUACUAUGUACCUCAACUUGCUACGCAAGAGGAUAACAUUAGUCCUGAGUAACUAUUCUGGAAACCUCAGAUCAUGAUGUUUUCAGCUGGUGGCAGUCAUAAGG